UUAAUUCUCUCCAUCAAAUACCUCCAUACACAACCCAACCUUGAUUCUCCUUUCUAAAUUCUUCGCCGUCGGCAUACGCAAACACUCAACUAACAUGAGAGAAAUUCAAGGAGACUACCUUCCGCCACAGCCACCGCCACCGGCACCGCCACCACCGUCUCACCCUCCAAAAUCAAACCUGCCCAUGUUAUACUACGGCCUAGUGGUGGUGGGCACGGCGGCUUUAGUUCUUGUGAUAUAUAAUCUUAUCAUAAUAAAGUGGUGCACGCGUCGUCAAAGCCGGUCAGAGCAGACACCUAACCGGUAUAUAGAAGCUACAACGGCAAGUCAGAGUUUUGAAAACAUAAACAGGAACUUCUUGUCGAGUUUCAAGUAUAAGAAGGAUAUAAAUAUCAACAUGGGAGGUGAAGAGGAAGGUGGGGAGUAUGAAUGCCCAGUUUGUUUAUCAAUAUUUGAAGAAGGAGAGGAGGUGAGACAACUGCCAAGAUGCAAACAUUCAUUUCAUGCACCUUGUAUAGAUAUGUGGCUUUAUUCUCACUUCGAUUGCCCACUUUGCCGUGCUCCGGUGGAGCUGCGCUACAAUCAUCGGCAUACGAUGUCAGAUACACCAGAGCAUUCAAGGGAAGGUUUGCUCUAGAUUCAGGCAUGAUUUUAUUUAUUUAUUUAUUUAUUUAUUUUUGUUGAUAAUUUGAUAUCCUCCAAGUCUUGAUGUCAUUUAGAGUCGUGGGAUUGGUGAAUUAGGACGAUGAUAACGAAGAGAAUUGAUGGAAGAAUAGCUAUGAGGAAGAUGUAGAUUUGUUUUAUGUUUAAACCGGGGCCAGAACCAGCCACUUGGUCCAUUUUGUAUAUAAAAGUCAAAUUUUUGGUGCACAACUUGGCCUUCACAACAGUAAUUUUUACUGUUAAUGUUACAAUUUAUUCAA